AUGGAAAGCUAUCCAACAAACUAUAUGAUUAAUGCCGUUUAUGAACAAGAACAGCUCAACAACCCGAUGAACACAGUGCCACCCGUUGAACAAGAAAUGAAAGAGCGAAAGCGUAAGCCUUCAAUGUACACUGAAGAGAUUGAAGAGUUGUCCCAUGCUGUGUACAUAUACUGGCGUGCGAAAGAGAUGGUGAAAACAAAAGAAUAUGAAGUCGACGAAGCAAAUGAAAAGGCCGAACAGAUGUGGGCCAGUGAAAGUGAAGAUAUCCGAGAGACUUUUAGAAGGGCUGCUGUAGUUCAAGACAUCAUGUUAGGCAAUGCUAUGGGAAAGAAAAGAAGACAAGGAAAGAGCGAAUUUGCUCAAAACAGAGCCGAGUAUAAUCCAUUCCUUCUCUUUUGUAAAGAUCAUAGAGAGAACGUGAGAGAGAAAGGCAGUCGUGGAAAGGGGAUGUCGACAUUAUCACAGAUGUGGAAAGAUUUGCCGGAGACCGAUAAAGAAAAGUAUCAAGAACAAGCAAAACAAAACAAGGCAAAGGAAAUCUCCGCAAAGUCGGACGUCCCUCCACCAGCUGCAGAACAGCCCACGGGACCCACUGAUGAGAAUGCCUCACAAUAA